AUGAUAGUCAACUCCAAGCGUAUAGGUAUCUUGAAGAAACUUGCCAUUAUAUUUUCCAAAAGAAAAUAUACAAAAAUACCUGAUAACCAACUAAUUAAAUUAGAUAAUGAAACUGAGCAUCAAUUAGCUGGAAUUGUUAACUCAUUUGAUGCGCCAAUACAAUAUUCAUUUGCAUAUGGAUCAGGUAUAUUUAAGCAAGCUGGGUAUUCUGAAAAACACAAACCUCAAAUUGAUAUAAUAUUAGCAGUUUCUGAUACAAAUCAAUUUCAUUCAAUCAAUUUACAACAAAAUUCUAAUCAUUAUUCAACUUUGAAAUAUUUUAAUGGAACAUUAAUUAACAAAUUCCAAAAUCUUGGGGCAGGUAUAUACUUCAACCCUUUCGUUACUAUCAAUGGAGUAAAUGUAAAGUAUGGUGUCAUUUCAGUCUCUAACCUAAUAAAAGAUCUAAGUGAUUGGGAAACAUUUUAUGUAGCAGGCAGAUUACAGAAACCUGUAAAGAUUAUAAAGAAUGAUCCUCAAAUUCAAUACUUGAACCAAUUAAACUUAAAGGGUGCAGCCACUUUGGCAAAAUAUAUUUCUUUAAAAAAUAGCGAAGAUGGGAAGAUUGAUGAGUUUAAAUUUUAUGAAAAUAUCACAGGCUUGUCAUAUUUUGGUGAUUUUAGAUUUAAGUUAGGUGGCGAAAAUCCAAACAAGGUGCAUAAUAUUGUUAUUUCUAAUUUUGAAUACUUUCAACGAUAUUACAAACCAAUAUAUGAGGACAUAGUUUUGAAUGAUUCAUUUUAUUUACCAGAUGGUAUUACUUUAGAUAAUGCUAAGCACAUAAUACGACAGAGAACAAGAAAAUUUAGUGCAUCACAAGCUGUUAAGGGAAUAUUUACAGCUGGCAUUACUAAAUCUGUAAAAUAUGCUUGGGCAAAACGACUAAAGGCAUUACAAGGUAGAAUGCAAUAA